AUGACUAUCACUUUCAUUGUAAUUCUAUUGUUUGUACAAGUCUUUGGACAGCCUGGAGCUUCCAACCAAGAAACAGUAACUUUAGAUGAAGAAUCCAGACAAAAAUUCAAACAAUUCUUCAAAGAUUACACCGAAUUUAUUGUACUUCUUAAUCACCAUAGAGAGUUUUUUAAAGAUCGUGAAAAUUGGUUUUCGCCCAAUUUAUGGAAAUUGGUUAAUGAGCUCAAAGAUUUAGAAAGUGAAAUGUUCCAUUUUAUAAGUGAUAUUUAUACAAAGGGUAUUAUAACAAAAAAUGAUUGUGAAAAAUGGCUAUCAAAAUUUUCAACAACUUACAACACAGCAAACACUGAUAAUGGAUAUGGAAGGUACCUUUUAUUGCUUAAAGAAAAUAUUGAAAACGUGAUGAUGUCAUUAGAAAUUGAAGACGAUGAUAAACAAGAUAUUGUCAAAAGACUUCUACUUUCUAUAAAUUUCUUCGACAACAAACACAAAGUUAUGCAACAAUUGGCUCAAUUAAUGCACUUAAACAGAAAACCAGUAUUUUUGAAAGCAAAUAACAAAUUUGGAGACUUCAUUGAAACACUUGGCAAAUUCGUUAGUCCACAACGUCGUUUCCAAAAACCAGACCAUAGCAGACUUCUCCCAAGAGUUGAAGACGGAACAAGCACGUUAAAUGCGCCUGAACCUAAAAAUAAAAGACAUAUGAUGACUGUGACGGAAAUGAUCAAAAAUCCUGGAAUAGAAAUUCCACCUCCAAAACAUCCAGAUGAAAAACGAGAAGUAGAGCCUGGAUGGAGACCAUUGACUCAAGAAGAACUCAAAAGACCAACCCCAUCUUUUGGUUCUCCAAAACCAAGUAAACCACUUAAAAGACAAAUUCCAGUCGAAAGAAGAAGUCAUCCACCUUUGAUUAGAACAAAAGGACAGAGUGAUGAGAGAAGACCUAUUUAUACUCCCAAAGAAGGCGUUGAUAAAGAAAGUCCAUCUCCCCGUGAAGAUAUUGUAGAACCACCAAUGAUGAAUCAAAAAAGAACUUUGAGAAGACAAACACCUGUAAUGAGAAGUCCAGAAAGACCACUCGAUAGAGAAACUGGUGUAAAAAGAAGACCAUUAGUUAGACAAGACAGUAUUUCUUCUGUUAGUGGAGAAAAAGAAAGUUACACUGAAAGUAUACCUAAAAUACCUCCACCAAAACCACAAAGAAAAAGCUUGAGUGAACCUAAAGAUGAACAACAUUUGUAUGAUAAUUAUCCGGUCGAUAAAAACGGCCACAGAAUACCUCCUCCAAAACCAAAAAGAAAAGCUCUUCUGAGACAAAACAAUUUCCAAGACUACCAGGAAGAACCACCAAAAAGUCCAACAACAACAAAACAACCUGUAUUUAUAGAAAUGAAAGAAAUAGUACACCAUGGAAGUGAUGAAGAAAGUGGGGUUGAUGAAUUAAUAAAACAGACAGAAGCCGGAUUUGGUGUUGAUAAGACACCUGAGACGGUACAAAAGAGUAAAAGAAGACAUUUAUUGGGUAAAAUAAAAGAGAAAAUGCACCGAACUAAGAGAGAUAGUGAUAGUGAUAGCGACUAA